UUUGCUAGUGAAAGGAAAUUAUUUUCCAGCUUCUGAGAAAGUACUGUGGAAUAUACACUGUUUCUGUGUGGACUAUGAACAACAGGAGAGAGCAAAAAACAAAGUUCAGGUCAAAGCAUAGCACCCUCUGAUUUGGGGKCUCUGUGCAUAGUGCAGACUCUGUGGGCCUUGCAAGAAAAAUGGUGCACUGUUUAAGACACUCUUGGAAAUUAGGACUGUUGUAGUCAUUUCCAUAUUCCACUUCGCUUUUGUCUGGCAGCAGCAGAUUGGAAGUAAAACCUUUCUAAAGAAAAUUUCCAAGGCAAGACAAAGGUUAUCAUGAGAAGAGAGCGUCUAAGGAGGAAUGACAUAGCUGUCCUUGCUGUAGCCUACCUUAGGAGGCCAAACAUCAUAGAAUAAAUUAUGCUGGAAGCCACCUCAUGCUGGAGAGAAUCUUCCAGGCCCCAGGACACAGGGAAAGGUGCCUCCUAUCAGCUUCUGCCCAUAAUUCCGAAAGGUCGUUGGUUUCUAUCGCUUAGAAAGGCUCCUGACAAGACAGGCAUGACAACCACAUAAUGGCUGCUUUGAAGAACGUAAAACGUUUCCCUUUGCUUCAAUCCUUGGAAGAAGAGAURUCUCAGAAGAGAUAUACAUAAAGGAAAUUUGGAGAGCGACCUCAACCGAAACGGCUCACAAGGGAAGCAAUGCGAAAUUAUCUGAAGGAGCGAGGUGACCAAACAGUGCUAAUACUCCAUGCAAAAGUUGCGCAGAAAUCAUACGGGAAUGAAAAAAGGUUCUUUUGUCCUCCUCCAUGUGUGUAUCUCAUGGGCAGUGGAUGGAAGAAAAAAAAAGAGCAAAUGGAACGGGAUGGUUGCACUGAGCAGGAGUCACAACCUUGCGCCUUUAUUGGGAUAGGAAACAGUGACCAAGAAAUGCAGCAGCUGAACUUGGAAGGAAAGAAUUAUUGCACUGCCAAAACAUUAUACAUAUCAGACUCAGACAAGAGAAAGCACUUCAUGUUAUCAGUAAAAAUGUUCUAUGGCAAUAGUGAUGACAUCGGUGUGUUCCUCAGUAAACGGAUCAAAGUCAUCUCCAAACCUUCUAAAAAGAAACAGUCACUGAAAAAUGCAGACUUAUGUAUUGCAUCAGGGACAAAAGUGGCACUAUUUAAUAGACUUCGAUCCCAAACAGUUAGUACCAGAUAUUUGCACGUAGAAGGUGGUAAUUUCCAUGCCAGUUCACAACAGUGGGGAGCGUUUUACAUUCACCUCUUGGAUGAUGAUGAAUCAGAAGGAGAAGAAUUUACAGUGAGAGAUGGCUACAUUCAUUAUGGGCAGACUGUCAAACUUGUGUGCUCAGUUACUGGCAUGGCACUCCCGAGACUGAUAAUUCGAAAAGUAGAUAAACARACAGCAUUAUUGGAUGCAGAUGACCCAGUAUCACAGCUCCAUAAAUGUGCAUUUUACCUUAAAGACACUGAGAGAAUGUAUUUGUGCCUUUCCCAGGAGAGAAUAAUCCAGUUUCAAGCCACUCCAUGCCCGAAAGAACCAAAUAAAGAAAUGAUUAAUGAUGGAGCUUCUUGGACAAUCAUUAGCACAGACAAAGCUGAAUAUACAUUUUAUGAGGGGAUGGGACCGGUCCAUGCUCCAGUGACACCUGUGCCUGUUGUAGAAAGUCUUCAAUUGAAUGGUGGUGGGGAUGUAGCAAUGUUGGAACUUACAGGACAGAACUUCACUCCAAAUUUACGUGUCUGGUUUGGGGAUGUGGAAGCUGAAACCAUGUACAGAUGUGCAGAGAGCAUGCUUUGUGUUGUUCCAGACAUUUCUGCUUUUCGAGAGGGUUGGAGGUGGGUCCGACAGCCAGUCCAAGUUCCAGUAACUUUGGUCCGUAAUGAUGGCAUAAUUUACUCCACCAGCCUUACCUUUACAUACACACCGGAACCAGGGCCACGGCCACACUGCAGUGCUGCUGGAGCAAUCCUCAGAGCCAACUCAAGCCUCAUGGCUUCCAGUGAAACAAACACAAACAGCGAGGGAAGUUACACAAAUGUCAGCACAAACCCCACCAAUGUCACAUCAUCUACAGCAACUGUAGUUUCCUAACUACUGUUGUUUGUCUGGACUUUUAAUUGACUUUUUGUGCUACAUUCAAGAGAACUGAACAAUUUUUGUGGUUUCAUGGGAAAACACGUUUCCAUUUUAGGUGAUAUGAUUUGAACCUUGUUACCUGCAAGUGCUGAUCUUAAAAACAGAAGCCACAAUAAAAAAAAAGAAAAAAMCAA